CUCUUUUCCUUUCAAGGUGGCUGAUCUGACAAGCAUUCCAGGGUGGAGGAAAAAGUGACAGGUUUGACUUUGCCAGGAUUAUAGUGAAAAAUAGCUUGCCUAAAGAGAUGAGGCUGUCAGAUUGGCACCGCUCAGCUACAGCUGCAAUACUCCUUUCGCAGGCACCACGCCGCCCUUCCCUGUGCCGAGUGGGAUUUUCAAUGGCUGCAAGAAGAGUUUGCUGUGCCUUCCUUCACUCGUGAUGCCUGUCUCCGUGGAUAUGCACUAUUCCUGCAGUACCCUUAUGGGAGAGAAGGAUGUGCAGCAGCUGGGAGGUGAGUGUUGUGCCUGCUGAACCCCCUCAGACCCACUAGCCAUGCCAGGGAUUGUCGUGUUCCGCCGCCGCUGGUCUGUAGGCAGCGAUGACCUGGUUUUGCCAGCAGUCUUCCUCUUCCUCCUGCACACCACCUGGUUUGUGAUCCUCUCUGUGGUGCUCUUUGGGCUGGUGUACAACCCCAACGAGGCCUGCUCGCUCAACCUGGUGGACCACGGCAGAGGCUACCUGGGCAUCCUGCUCAGCUGCAUGAUCGCAGAGGUGGCAAUCAUCUGGCUCAGCAUGAGAGGCAGUAUCCUGUACACAGAGCCCCGGGACUCCAUGCAGUAUGUGCUCUAUGUCAGACUGGCUAUCCUGCUGAUCGAGUUUGUGUAUGCUAUCGUGGGCAUCGUUUGGCUAACGCAGUACUACACUUCCUGCAAUGAUAUCACAGCAAAGAGUGUCACUUUGGGAAUGGUGGUGUGCAACUGGGUUGUCAUCCUGAGUGUCUGCAUCACUGUCCUGUGCGUCUUCGACCCCACGGGCCGGACCUUUGUCAAACUACGCGCCACGAAGCGGAGACAGCGCAACCUGAGGACGUACAACUUGAGACACCGCCUGGAAGAAGGACAAGCCAGCAGCUGGACUCGCAGGCUCAAGGUUUUCCUUUGCUGCACAAGGACAAAAGACUCUCAGUCGGAUGCCUAUUCAGAAAUUGCCUACCUUUUUGCUGAGUUCUUCCGAGACCUUGACAUCGUCCCAUCGGACAUCAUUGCAGGCCUGGUUCUUCUGCGCCAACGGCAGCGGGCAAAGCGCAACGCUGUGCUGGAUGAGGCAAACAAUGACAUUUUAGCCUUCCUGUCUGGGAUGCCAGUGACCAGGAACACGAAGUACCUGGAUCUGAAAAACGCGCAAGAGAUGCAGCGGUACAAAGAGGUGUGUUACUACAUGCUGUUUGCCCUGGCUGCCUAUGGCUGGCCCAUAUACCUGAUGAGGAAGCCCACAUGUGGACUCUGUCGCCUGGCCAGAUCCUGCUCAUGUUGCUGUCUGUGUCCUUCACGUCCCCGCUAUGCACCUAGUGUCACCAUUGAGGAGGACAACUGCUGUGGCUGCAAUGCCAUUGCCAUCCGCCGCCACUUCUUGGAUGAGAACAUGACCUCGGUGGAUAUUGUCUACACAUCGUGCCAUGAUGCGGUUUAUGAAACACCUUUCUAUGUGGCUGUGGACCAUGAGAAGAAGAAGGUGGUUAUUAGUAUCCGAGGAACUCUGUCUCCAAAAGAUGCCCUGACAGACCUAACUGGGGAUGCAGAGCGCCUUCCAGUUGAGGGUCACCAUGGCACAUGGCUGGGCCACAAGGGAAUGGUGCUAUCUGCUGAGUACAUCAAGAAGAAAUUGGAACAAGAGAUGGUGCUUUCUCAAGCUUUUGGAAGAGACUUAGGGAGAGGAACAAAACACUAUGGCCUGAUUGUGGUUGGUCAUUCCCUAGGGGCUGGCACAGCUGCCAUCCUGUCCUUCCUCUUGCGUCCGCAGUACCCGUCACUCAAGUGCUUUGCCUAUUCUCCCCCAGGUGGGCUGCUGAGUGAGGAUGCCAUGGAGUAUUCAAAAGAGUUUGUGACUGCAGUCGUGCUUGGCAAAGAUCUAGUGCCCAGAAUUGGACUCUCUCAGCUGGAGGGAUUUCGCCGGCAGCUUCUGGAUGUUCUUCAGAGAAGCAACAAACCAAAGUGGCGCAUCAUUGUGGGUGCCACGAAGUGCAUCCCCAAGACAGAGCUCCCUGAAGAGACAGAAGAGAACUCAGUCACGAGUAACCGCCUCUGGACCCACCCCAGUGACCUGACCAUUGCCCUGUCUGCAAGCACACCCCUGUACCCCCCAGGCCGCAUCAUCCACGUGGUGCACAAUCACCCUGCAGAGCAGUGCUGUUGCUGUGAGCAAGAGGAUCCCACUUAUUUUGCCAUCUGGGGUGACAAUAAGGCGUUCAAUGAAGUGAUCAUCUCGCCGGCGAUGUUGCAUGAACACCUCCCAUACGUGGUCAUGGAAGGGCUCAACAAGGUCCUGGAGAAUUACAACAAGGGGAAAACAGCUUUACUUUCUGCAGCCAAAGUGAUGGUGAGUCCUACAGAAGUGGAUCUCACCCCGGAACUGAUCUUCCAGAGUCAGCCCUUGCCCAGUGGCCCUUCAGUGCAGAUCGGAACUGGAGCCAUAACAGCGGACAGAAGGAACAGCAGUACUAAGAGCAAAUCCCAUUCUGAGAUCAGCUUGGAAGGCUUUUAUGAGACAAAGCCACUUUCCCCUGUGCAGAAAGACCCCGUGGAGCUGCUUCUCCUGGACACAAAGGAACGUCUAUCUGUGGAGCUGCAGGACCGCCGUGCCCCUCUUGCCACCAUGGAGAGCCUCUCAGACAAUGAAUCCCUGUACAGCUUUGAUUCCAGGCGCUCCUCUGGUUUCCGGAGCAUUCGGGGCUCUCCCAGCCUCCAUGCUGUCAUGGAGAAGGAUGAGACCCACUGCUUUUAUAUAGACCCUGUUAUACCUGAGGAAAACCCUUCCCUCAGCUCCCGGACAGAGCUGCUGGCUGCUGACAGCCUCUCCAAGCACUCCCAAGAGACCCAGCCCCCUGACAACGUGCUCAACAGUGGUGGCACUACCCCACAACGACGCUGCAGCGAGGAGGGAGCCAGCAGCGAGGGGGACCGUGUUUCCUUACCCCCUCGUGAGGAGUUGUCCCUCCAGAAUGGACGUCUCACUGAUGUUCCCAGUCCCCAAGUGUUGGAAUUUGCUGAGUUCAUAGACAGCCUCUUUAAUUUGGAUAGCAAAAGCAGCUCCUUCCAGGACAUCUACUGCAUGAUGGUGUCAGACAGCUCCAGUGACUUUGCAGAGAUGCCCAAAUCUGUCAGUGAUCAAGAGAUCCUGUUGAGGGCACAAUAUGAACCCAACUUAGUCCCUAAGCCCCCGAGGUUGUUUGCAGGCUCAACAGAUCCUUCGUCGGGCAUCUCUGUGUCCCCCUCUUUCCCCCUUAGUUCAUCUGGAGAACUCAUGGACAUCACUCCUACAGGUGUGAGCAGCCAGGAGUGCCUGGCUACUGAGAAAAUCCGGACUUCUACCCCCUCUGGGCAUGUAACCAGCCCUGCCAAGCAGGACGACCUCAUGAUUUCAGCCCUCUAGUUGCAGGGUAAAAGGGGUGCAGCUCUGAGAGCUGAUCCCAUAGGCUGAGUGCUGGGAUAGUACUUGGAGGAGGAAGAGGUGGUCAUGGGGCAGUUCAGAUCAGAGGAGACAGUUGGAAGUGUUCCUUCUGGGGGUGACACAGUGGUGGCACGUUGGUGUCUGGAGGAUGGGCUGGGAGAAGCAGCAUUGCCUCACAGGGUCUGCUACAGGGCUUGGGUCUCUAAAGGUAGAUGGAAGUUCCCUACCUCAGCCUGUCUCAUGGCAUUCCUGAGGCAGAUUCCUUGCCCCAGGGCACCUGCUGAGUUUGGGAGUGAUAUAUCCUGCUUCAGGGAAUCCUCUGGGCUGAAGGCGUGGAUUCUCUGAACUCAAGGAUUGAAUAGAUUGAGGGAGCCAGGCCAGAUCCCCACCUUGGUACCAUGUCAGUGGGUUUGGAAAUGAAUGGAUUGAGACUUUGGGCCCUAUUGCACUACCAGGUUGGAUCUGGCCCAAGAUCCAAUCCAUCCCACUUCCAUAGGCACUGCUUUUAUAGGACACUCUUCUGAUCUAAAGCCAUUGGGGCUAUAUUCUCCCCACAUGCAGUCUCCCAUCCCCUGGCCAGGUACAGCAAGAACAGGGCUGGCACUGUGCUUUCUCUCCCCUGAGUCCUGUGUUCAGUGACCAUCAGGCUGCUGCUGAGAGGGAAGGACACUGUUCUGAAGAGCCAAAGCCCUCUGCACGUCCCUCCUUUGCCAGAAAGAGUUCUGGAUGUCACCACCAUCACUUCUCAGCUCCCUGGACCGCUCUGAGCUGGCCACAUUCCUGCAAGGCCUGACAGGAUCCUCAUCUUGGAGCUGCAUGGAUGGAUCAACUUCAAACAACAACAGGCUUCUCAACACCCAGUGUUAUGUGCCAGGCCCUUGUGGAGCCUGGGAGCCUCUUCUGGGUCCUCACACCACCCAUAUGCCAUAGUCACAGAGCAGUGCCAGCCUCUGUCAUUGGGAGUUCAGGGGAAAGAUGGACUUUUACAAGAGUAUUGAAAAAUUACAAGAGUAUUGCAAAAAUACUCUUUUUCAGUACAAAAAUUACAAGAGGAUUGAAAUCUCUUGUAUGUUUACAGAGCUGCUAAGCUGCUUGGAAGGUAUUUAUUAAGCAAACAGGGAGGAUUUCCCUCAGCUAAAAGCGUGUUCAUCCUCUC